AUGGCUUCAAAGCCUCUUGCAACCUCUCUUCUUCUCACUCUCAACCUUGUCUUCCUCACCAUGGUUAGGUCAUGUGCUCCAUGCACACCACCAACCCCGACUCCAACACCUCCAACCCCACCAACACCUACCCCGACACUGCCAACACCAAUUCCGACUUGUCCUAUAGAUGCCCUUAAGUUUGGUGUGUGUACCAAUUUGCUGAACUUGUUCAAUGUUACUGUAGGAUCGCCACCAACAAUCCCAUGUUGCAGUCUUAUUACUGGCAUGGUUGAUUUUGAAGCUGCUACAUGCCUUUGCACUGCCCUUAAAGCUAAUGUUCUUGGCAUCAACCUCAACAUUCCAAUCUCAUUGAGUGUGAUUCUCAACAACUGUGGAAUGAACAACUCUGGCUUCCAGUGCAAUUAA